UCAGUGCUAAAGUGUUUUAGUUGGGUAGGAAAUCUGUAAUAAUUGUAAUACUUUUUUUUGCCAGAACUACUUGGUGUCAGUCAGAAUUGUUUGGAGAUUUAGUGAUAGAAUGGCUAUGAAUGUGAAGGAAGUUCAAAUAACCUAAAAUCACCCUUCAGACAGGCCUUCACUUAAAAUGUGAAUCUCUUCACUUUAGCUUACCAUAUAUACUGUACUUAUUCAGGAUGGCACAAAAUUAACUUGAAAACUACCUCACCCCAAAAUUGCAUAAAACUACCAAACAAAAUACAUUUUUCAAUUUCAAGUUUCAAUUUCUUAGUUUCUAUUACGGUGCAUUAAUUUUUUUUUAAUGGUGUCCAGUUUGAGACCUUUGAUUGUCAAACCAAACACGCCCAUUAUGACACAGAGGAAAGAUUUACGCAGUGCUUUGUGCAACACAAACCCACAACUGCAAGUCCAGGAAGUGAGCUGUUACAGUCUACUAAUCAGAUUAGAGAUACCAAAAGAGGCAUGAACAACUCUAAAGUGCUCUAAAGUCUUUAUGACACGUUCAUAAAAAUGGAGAGCAACUCAUCUGAAAUGGACUGGCGUGAGCUGUCAUAUGCCAACUGGACAGAAUCUCAUGUGAGUUCCUGGCUCAGAUCCAUUGGAAUAAAAGAAGUGCAUAUUAUAAAAAUGGAGGAGGAGGAAGUGACAGGACCAAUUCUCACAACUUUACACCAAGAUUUCCUCAGAAAAACAAUUGGAAUGAAAAGUGGCCAAAUUGAACAUUUAUUGAAGAAACGAGAUGAACUUUUAAUACCACAACAGCAGAAAAUAAAACAGAAGAGUGAUCUGUCUGGUAAGAGUAGAGAUGGCAAAAAAGAAACUGUUGAAGAUAUAGGACAAGAACCACAGCUUUCACCAUUUCAUCACAAACCAGAGCAUAAAAAGAAUCCUACAGAUAGUAGUGAAAACACGUCAUCUACAGAAGUAACUCUAUCUUUUUGUGACUAUCGCAAAUUUGACCAGGAUGAAAAGGACUUCAGGUACGUGAAACAUCAUGUGCUUCCUCCUGAGACAGGGACUGAAAACAUGAUGGUUCCAUGUCAUGAAUAUAAGUCGCUUGAGAUUGCAUACAAACUAGACUCAAAGAGGUUACAAGUAAAAGUAGCCAGUGAAGUACUAAGAUUUGCAUGCGCAUGCAUGAAUAUGAGAGCAAAUGGGACAAUUCACUUUGGCAUCAUGGAUAAAGUCAGAGGAACUCACAAGCAUGGAGAAAUCAUUGGGAUACCUGCAAACAAUCGAGAAGACUUUGUGGAUGCAUUAGACUACAUUGAAAGGUGCUUCAAAGGGUCAAAUCAACAAAGUGAUGCCAGGAGUUGUAUAAGGCACCCGCGAUUCAUUGAGGUGCUUGACAAGGAAAGUAGUGGGAACACAUGGGUCAUUGAAUAUGACAUUGUCCCAAAAGCAAACAUUGUAAGAGAUAAGCUUUACUAUGUUGGUGUUCCUAAAUUCUCUGAAAAAGACAACAAAGUCAAAUGUGAAGAGAAAAUUCCCUAUUACAGAGUUGGAGCAAACACACCACGUGUACCUGAAGACGACCUUGUUCCUUUCAUUCAAGGACUGAGAGAAAAAGACCAACAGAGAGAGGAGGCAGAAUCUACAAGCAAUGAAACAACUCUGGACUUUGGCGAGGAUCAAAAGAGGAAACUUUCUAUCCUCCUAACAUGUGGGAAAAAGCACAUGGACAACUCUCUGUUUUACAUUGUUGUAACAAACAAAUUUCAACCAGCACAUCUUGACAACAUAAGCUUCUUAGUUCACAUGAAUUUAUUCUGUGUGUUUGACUUUGACCCAGAUUCAAAGACAUCUGGUCUUUGUGGAA